AUGACCGACGUGCUUGUGAGAGACACCGACCUUGCCAGUUUGGCGAAGCAAGUGGUUGUUAUCACCGGAGGUUCGUCUGGCAUAGGUCUUGCAGCGACGAAGCUGCUCUUGUCACUUGGAGCGUCUGUCGUAAUCGGCGACGUGCAGCCUCCACGAGAUGGCUUCCACCAUGAUUCACUUGCUUAUCAGCAGACAGACGUGACAAAGUGGUCAGACCUUCUCACCCUGUUCCAAAAGGCAAAAGACGUGCAUGGCCGAAUCGAUCAUGUCUUUGCAAACGCUGGUAUCUCCGUCAGGGCAAACUACCUUGCCACCGAUCUCGACGAGAACGGUGAUCUGAAAGAACCCUCCUUUGAGUCCCAGGAGGUAAAUCUUCGCGGCUGGAUCAACACCGCCACGCUGGGCAUGUAUUACAUGAGGCCAGAACAGCAAAGUGGAGAAGGCAGUAUCGUCAUCACCUCAUCGAUCGCUGGCUUUUCACGCUUUCGAGCCGUCGACUAUGCCAGCGCCAAGCACGGGAACCUAGGAUUCAUGCGCGCCAUGCACCAGAUUCUGGUCGAUGAAAAACUACCAAUCCGCAUCAACGCCAUCGGACCCAGUUGGACGAGAACAGGGAUUGUACCUGGGGCUAUGAUGGAGAAGCUGGGCGUAGAGCUCCAGGAACCGGAAGACGCCGCUCGGAGCGCCCUCAUACUCAUGGCUGAUUCCUCGAGGAACGGCCAGUUCAUGCACUCGUGCGGUGGAAGAUUCAAGGAGAUCGAGGAAAGUAUCUUCGUGCCUGCUACUCUCCAAGUGGUUGGGAAGGGAAAACAUACAGAAGACGAUGACUUGAAGAGGGCGAUGGAGCUCAUGGGUGGGUCGUACAAAGACAAGGGCUUAGCCGGGCUUGCGUAG